AUGGCCUCUGCAUACGUCUACAAAAAUGUUGGUGAAUCGGUUUUCAAACCUCUUCAAAAAUGGCUGGCGAAUGCUGCCAGUGCUGCGAUUCUCGCUGGACUACUUGCAGAAGUGCCUGAAUCGUCGGAUUCAAAUGAACGAUCUGCUUCUGAUGGAGAAACACCUGUCGAACAAGUCUCCACACCUGAUAGAGUAGUGGAGAAUCGUCAAGAUGGUGCCUGGUACUAUGGCCGUUGGACCGUUGGCAAUUUUGCCAACAGUUAUGAAAUGAUGGAUGUGAUCGAUGCUGAAAUGACAGAUGCAUGUAUUCGAGUGAUGAUUGCUGCUGUUGUUAAUUAUUUCCAGGAGAACAGAUUUGCUCCGUGUGGGUUGUUGAGAGACAGUUAUGCAAGUGCGAUACUGAGAAGUGAUCUAAUGGAUAGGUAUGGGUUGACAGACGAACGUGACAAAAUUGAAGCGAUGCGUAUUACUGGUUAUUGGGUCUCGAAACUGUAUGUGUUCCACAUGGCGACGAAGCAUCGUGAUUUGGAACAUCCAAUCAGACCUAUAAAUAAUGUUGGUUUGGUGCGUCCUCUGAAACUAGAUAUCAAACAGUGUUUCGAGAACUUGACAGCUAGAUUUAUCCGUUCAUGA